AUGAGCUUUCCCAAUGAGCCCUUCUUCCGGCGGUUGAUUCAAUUCGCUAAUGGACCUCCUCGCAUAAUUAUCAGCGACGAUAUCUCGGGCGUACGAGUCACCUAUCGAGAUCUGCUGUCGGGAGUGCUUCGUUUCCGGCAAAUCCUGCUGCAGUCGUUGCCCCCAGACGCAGUGGACAGCAAUCAGAUGAUCCGUCCAAACGUCUAUAUAGGGAUUCUCGCACCAGCAAGCGUAGAAUUCACAGUUGCAUUCCUGACGAUCCUGUCCCUCGGCGGGGUUAUUACUCCGUUAUCCACUACCGAUUCUCCCCAAGCAAUCUGCGAACGGAUGACCAAGUGUAACGCUGCAUGUGUGGUGUAUAGCCCCCAACAGGCGGAGCUGAUGUGGUUUACCCGGCUUCGUGCACAGGUGACCACGGGCAAGGAAGUCUGCUUGGUCGCCAUCAGUGCCCAUCCGGGGGACGUCCCGUCGAAUCUUUCGUUCAUCGCAGAACAGACUACUGGUUUUCUAUCAACACGCACUGCCCUUCUCCUGUUUACCUCGGGAACCACGGGACAGCCUAAGGGUGUCCUGCAUUCGCGGCGGUUCUUCGAUGUCAAUACGGAUCCUGUCGGACAGGAGGACGACGCACUUCUAUUCACCCGAGUGGCAGGGUAUAUUGGCUCCAUCCGGUUGAUGGUCAUCAUGCUGUUGAGGGGCAUCCGGAUCGAGCUAUGGCCCUACCUUGCCGACCCGAAUAUGCUUUGGGAGCGCCUGCGACAGGGCGGCAUCACCAUUUUGCAUUUGCCGCCAAUGACAUGGAGGACGUUGAUGCUGGUCUAUCGGGACAGGCUGAGCAAGUUGCCCCUAGAGGAGCAGGAAGAAUACUAUGCCGGAGCCCGCCAGUUGCGUGAAGCCACUGCCGGCGGUCAGGUUAUGCUGCAGGAAGUCAAGGCAUUCUGGUGUGACAUGCUGGAGGGGCGAUGUGUUACAGUGAUUUACGGUGGGACGGAGAUGGGUAUAUCUCCAUUCAAAGCUCACGGUUCGGAUUCAAUGGUUGAGCGAGUUAUAGGCAAGCCAGUUCCAGGCGUUGAGUUCAAGCUGAGUGGCGGUGACAAGGGCGAGUUACUCGUCAAAACACCUGCCCUUUUCGCCGGGUAUUUGGAUAAUCCCGAGGCCACACGCAAAUCGUUCGACGAGGAAGGGUUUUUCCGCACAGGCGAUAUUGUCCGACUGAACGGUAUCAUCGCCACAUUGGGCGGGAUGGUAUCAGCGCCAAAGAUCCGCGAGGCUCUCAUUGGCCUCCCCGAAGUCAAGGAAGGCUAUAUCUUUGGCAUCCAAGACCAAACGUAUGUGAAUCAAGUCGCGGCGCUUGUGCGUCUACAGGAAGGCCGUAACCACUGCCGGGAACAGUGCACUUUUGACCUAGCACACUUGCGACGGGGUCUGGCUCAUUUACUCUCAGAACAUGAGCUACCCACCCUUCUUAGACUUGUGACGGAUGGAGAGGUAAUCCCUCACAGUGUGUCAGGAAAGCUCAUGUACGGAGAAGCACGAAAGCAGUUCUUUUCUAUGCCAUUAAAGGAGGACGCUACUUUGCACGGGGUGCAGGAUUGGCUAAUCGGCUGA